AUGGCAAGCACUAACCGCAUGGACGCUUCCGAACUACGGACGUACGAGUUCCAGCUCACUCAGGUUGAUGCGGCGUUGGAAGCUGAGCCUGAAAAUGAGGAGCUCAAAGGACUGCGCGCGGAACUCGCCAACUUGGUUGCGCUCACGAAAUCACUGAAUGCCGAAAAGGAGCAAGAGAGCGAUGCAAAGGCGCGACAGAUUACGCUGGAGCCGAACACAGUUCCGAAGCAGACGUUCCGUGCGGGUGACGACGUGAUGGCGCGGCAUGCAGCGGACGGGAAAUGGUACCCAGGCAAAGUGGCUUCCGUUGCGGGCCAGGCAGACAGUCCUUUGUACUCGAUCAUCUAUACCAAAACGCGCACCACGGAGAUGCUUACCGCCGACAGCUUGCGUGUACGAAAAAUGGACCCAAACGCAGCCCCGCCCGCAAGCGCGAAAUCGUCGGCCAAGGCGAAUGCGCAGCGGAUGAUGUCCAAUGACGAGCGCGAGAAGGAGCGCGAGCGCAAGCGGGUCAAGAAGGAGAAGAAAAUACAGCGCGAGGCGGAAAAAGACCGCGUGCAUGACGAGAAAAAGUCUGCAUGGCAAAAGUUUGCGGCCAAGGGCGCCAAGAAGGGCUACUUUGGCGGGAGCAAGAACAUGUUCAAAACGCCCGAGGAUCCCCACGCAAAGAUCGGCAUCGUUGGCGCGGGGCGUGGUAUGACGCCGAGUGCGCAGCGAUCCAAGCACGUCUACGAAGAAGAAAGCUAA